GUAUAGCUCUCUCUGGGUUUAAACACAUUGAAACUGUUUCAUUUGAAGUGGCUUUUAGCACUAAUUUAACCGAUGAUUUAAUGCCAUUUCAAACUCUGCCAAGUACCAAAUGUUUUUAUAACAUCAGUUUGCCCGAAAACACAAAAAUUUACACACUAAUUAAAGCAACAUCUUCUGGUGGCAGUACUAUCUCAUCUUCCGAUGGAUUUUUCCUUAUCAAUAAAUCAAAAGCUGCACACUCAAUUAUUGUACAUGAUGGGAUAUCAUGCAAUUCUGUCGUACCUGACUUUCAGUUAACAGCUAGUCUACAUGGCCAAAUGACAGAGAUUUCAGUGAAGAAAAAAAGCUUACUGACUGGAAAAUCAUUCACACUUCAGAUAUCUGGAACUGAACCAAACUUGUAUGAAAUAAGUUCAGAAGAUGUAAUUUGGACUGGAAAUUCACAUUUUUCAGAAAAUAUGCUGACAAAAUCGUUUGUGCCUAUGAUUGAACAUCCAAGAUUUUUAGUCACGUUUCGGAAAAUUCUUAACACCACCUUACUUUUUAAGAUAAUUGACUGUCAUGAAGAUGCGAAAUUUCAAAUCAAUUCGAAAGCGUACAUGGCGUACUGGUCCACCAAAAGUCCGUACAAAGACUUAAUAACCCACUUUAGAACUGGAUUACUUGUACAAAGAGGUACUACAGAGAACUUUAUUUUUCCACUGCAAACAACAAUUAGUCGCGAAAGAGCAAGGUUUAGCGAUGUAUUUCUAGAGAAUGGACUGACCUACAGGGCUAUCAUAGAAGCAUGCUUUGAAAGACUCUGUAUCGAGCCUCUAAAAUCAAAUGGAUCGAGAAUGCAGCAUGAAACUAAAGCGCUGAGCAAAAUUCAUUCGUUGCUAAAAAAAUCCAAUGAUGACUUAUUUGAAUUAAUAUUACAUUUUGAUGGAUAUCAAUGCAGUGACAAAUCCUAUUCAGCUGGUUAUGCAGUAGCUAUAGUUGACAAGAGAGGAGCUGAAAUAUCAAAAUGGGAGCCAAUAAAAAUUGAAACAAAUAUGAAGAACAUUUCUACAAGCCUUGAAAACAUUUCCCUCCCAGUGUACACGCAACACUCACUUUCAGUAUGCGUAAGAGGGUUCUGUUUGUCAGGAAAGUCUGCAAUGUCAUGUCAACCGAUAAAGGAAAAGGAAAAUAUGGGUGGUAAUGAUUUAAACAACGUUUACGAAAUCAAUGCAAACUCUCCAGACAUGGAGGAAAUAAAAUCAUUUGCUCACAGUCGUUACCUGGGGGAUAAAAUGAGGGUUUUACAUGAUAAUGAAGUUGAUUUUAUCAAAUCAGACUGGAGAAUUAACGGCGUCCUCCUUGGUACAUUUAAUCGUAAGAUCAGCUGGUAUAUUAUGACAGAGAAUCGCCUUCCCUUACAUUCUUGUACGGAUGAUGUCGCUUGUAUUCAAGAGAUCGUCUCAGAAGAUUGUAUUGGUUAUUUUAAACAAAUACCAUUUGAGAAGAACAAGAGAUAUUUUGUAUGUGCUUUUGCAAACAAAACAAUAGUCAAAUAUGAAAAAUCUUUAGAACAAAAAAGCCAGAUAUCUGUUUGUGGUAAUGGGUUCAUCAUAGAUGAUACAUCACCAGUUCCGGGAAAAGUACAGAUCCAAACAGAUUUUGGGAACUUUUUGAAUUUCAACAAAUCUUUAUCACUUAUAUGGGAAGGUUUUUCAGACAUAGAGCGAGAUUUGAUAAUGAAAUACACCUCUGGAAUAGAAAAGUACACAUAUAGCAUUGGAACAUACCCUGGUGGUGAGGAUGUGGUAUCAUUUACUGACACUGGAUUACUGACAUCUGCUAAUGUGCACAAUAUUUCAUUCAGAAACCAUAUUACAUACUAUGCAACGGUUAGAGCAAUUGAUCGUGUUGGACACAUCACUGAAGUAUCAUCAGAAGGAGUCAUGUAUGACGACACUCCACCAGUACAUGGAAGGGUAUUUGUCGACGGAUCAGGAUUGCAUGGAUACAUAACAAACUACAGAGACAUAACCGUCACGUGGGAGGGAUUCAGCGAUCCAGAAAGUGGGAUUAAGUCAUUUCAAAUAGGAAUUGGCUCAUCAAAUCUCUCAGCAGAUAUUUUUCCAUUGACAGAAGCUAUGGAUACUUUCUGGAAACCAAUGAAGACCGAGGGGAAAUUUAUAGAUGGAUAUGAAUACUUUAUUUUGUUAAUGAUAACUAACAACGCUGGAUUAUCCACCUUGGUCAGUUCAUUGGCAUUUGUUAUUGACAGUAGUCCCCCACAUGAAGGGUUUGUCGUAGAUGGAAAUGAAACAGGCAUUGAUAUAGAUUUUCAACGGAAUAUCACACACAUAUGUUCUAGAUGGGAUGGAUUUCAUGAUCCUCAUACAGAGCUAGCAUAUUAUGAAAUAGGCAUAGGUACUACAAGAGACACAAAUGAUGUUUUCCCAGCUACAUCUAUUGGACUAUUAAAAGAAUAUUGCUGGGCAAAUGAGUUUAUUCCGGGAGAAAAGUAUUUCACCAUUAUAAGGGCAUGCAAUAAGGCAGGAUUAUGCACAUCAAAAUCCUCCAAUGGGGUAACUCUAGAUAAUUCACCACCCAUACCAGGACUUGUUCAUGUGGGCAUGAGUGACCGUCAUCAACAUUAUAUCAGUCAAAAGCAUGUUGUAUCCGCGCAGUGGAUAGGGUUUCAAGACCCACAUUCGGACAUCGAACAUUUUGAAUUUUGUAUAAGCAAGUCAAGAAAUGAUUGUGAUAUUACCGCUUUUGAAAAUGUACUUCUUAGCGAACGUAUAACAAAAACGUCAAUCAAUCUACCACAAAACACAAAUUUAUAUGCAAUAGUGAAAGCAUACAAUCGAGUGGGGUUGUACAGCCAACAGUCAUCUGAGAAGUUCCGUGUGGAUACUACACCACCGAUAGAAGUGGCAAAACCUGUUUUUGAUUCUGCUCAGUUUUCACAUAAAUCUGGAACACAAUAUGACGAUUCCGUCUUAGUUGCCAAUUGGAAGUUCAUGGAAGAGGAGAGUUUUAUUGCAUCCAACGAAGUUGUAUUAAAAUCGCACAAAAACGGAAAGACCAUAAGGGACAUCAAAACGAAUGGAAAUGAAAAUAAUAUCACAAUUAAACUUGAAGACGAAAUUGCUUUAAAAAGUGGAGACACGUAUUACGUAUUUAUAUCUAGUUGUAAUGCAGCUGGACUGUGCACACAUGCGUCAUCCGAUCCUCUUCUCAUUGAUUCGUCUCCCCCACAACUCGGUGGUUUUAAGAAUCUCAUGAAGUGGAAAAAUCAUGAAAAUAAGACAACUGAGCUUCUGCUUUUGUGGCAUGGUUUUUCAGAUAUCCAUAGUGGAAUAGAGAAAUACGGUGUAUUUGUCAGCGAAUCCUAUACAGGUUCAGAAUUAUCCAAUGGACUUUUAUAUGCAGACCACUUAGACACUGAAAUCCAAAUGGUAUCGCUUAACUUAACACGUCAAUUGUCAGAAACUGAUGAAAUUAUUUUGUCAGUUUACGCUCUGAAUAAAGUGGGUCUUAGAAGUAAAAUUGCUAAAACAACUGUCACAUUAGUUGCAGAUGAUGUUUCAUAUGCAAGUGGGUUUCUAGAACUUCAACGUUAUUUAUGUCGAUCACAUACCUGUAAUAACGAUUGUACCUGUUCCGUAGUAGGAUCCAGAUGCCAAGAUGAGUCUCAAAAGCCCAGUACCUGUAAAAGAAAUGAUAAUCACGCAGGAAUGUUUUCGGUUUUGUUUGGAAAUACAAUGUCCUUGACAAACUUGACUCUGUCGUCAAAAUGUGUUUUUGCACACUGGAAAGUAAGAAACAUAACAAUGAUUCAACGCUUUGAAUGGAGCAUUGGAAUUCAGCAUGAAGAUCCAGGUGCAGGUGUCUUUGAUAGUAGGACGGAAAGUGUCUGGCACGAAAACGGACAACUCACGAACAUGACGUAUUGCAUUGAAAACGGAAAACAUUUUAAGCAUGGGGAAUCAUAUGUCUUUCAUGUUCGAAGUUGGAUUUCGGAAGAUACCUAUUUUGAAAAACAAUCAAAUCCUCUUCUUGUUGAUAGAACGCCUCCAAUAAUUCGACGAGGAAAAUCAAUUAAAGAAACUCUCAUCUCUUGCAUUGAAAAUGAUGUUGACUUUUUGAACUCGACAUCAAAUUUUCUUGUAUGUUGGGAGGGCGUGUUUAUAGAAAACGGAGCUCAGAUUACGAAAUAUUCUGUAUCAUCAGGAUCAUCACCCUUUGGAAAUGACCUAAUCGAUGAUCAGAAUGUAGGACUUAGAACAUCCUUUCUAGUUGAAGGCAAGCUGCUGAGACCAGGUGUUACAUUUUACUUUACAAUAACAUCGACAAACGAGCUUGGAAUGAAAACAUCAUUUACCUCAGAUGGAGUUCUGAUAGAUUUAGAUAAUCCAACGGGAGGAGUUGUUUAUAAUACAAAGUUCCACAAGAACAUUGCAUAUCAAUCAUCAACAAGUGAAAUAGGUUUAUCAUGGCAUGGAUUUGAUGAUCACAACUCUUUCAUUAAAAAAUAUCAUGUAGCUCUGACUGAAAAAGAUGCAAAUGAAACAUUUAGUACCGUCGUCGAUGCUAAAAUUCACAAUAGCUAUAUAUUCCACGGAUUAUCGUUAGAGCAUAAUCGGAUAUACAAAGUUGCUUUGGUUGCAUUUGAUGCAGUGGGGCAUUUUACUCGUUCAAGUUUUUCUCACUUCCAAGAAUACGAAGAGUAUGAUCGUCACAAACUUGCAUCAGUGUCUCUCGUAUGA